ACUUCCGGCGCCGCGGGGCGGGACCGCGAGGAUCAGCUUGCUGCGUCGGAGUGCUUUCCUGGAGCGCCUGGGUUCCACGGGCGGCGAUCCCCGCGAGGCUCGUGGGAUCCCCUCGCUAAAUAGUCUGUCCCCGACCCUCCACCCCACCCCCGCCUGCACCGCUGGGGAGUUUCGGGUUAGGUAGGAGCCUGCAGCUCCUGUGCUGUGAAGCCCCAGGAGCCCAAACUUUAAAAUAAAGAGAAAACGAUGAAGAAGUUAAAGCUUAAGGAGCUAGAGAGUCGCCUGCAAGAAGUGGAUGGAUUCGAAAAGCCCAAGUUACUUCUAGAACAGUAUCCCACCAGGCCGCACAUUGCAGCAUGCAUGCUUUAUACAAUCCAGAAUACAUACGAUGACAUUGAAAAUAAGGCAGUUGCAGAUCUAGGAUGUGGUUGUGGAGUACUUAGCAUCGGAGCUGCAAUGUUAGGAGCAGGGUUGUGUGUUGGAUUUGACAUAGAUGAAGAUGCACUGGAAAUAUUUAAUAAGAAUGUGGAAGAGUUUGAGUUAACAAAUGUUGAUAUGAUUCAGUGUGAUGUGUACUCAUUAUCUAACAGAAUGUCCAAGUUAUUUGAUACAGUAAUUAUGAAUCCUCCCUUUGGGACCAAAAAUAAUAAAGGGACAGAUAUGGCUUUUUUGAAGACUGCUUUGGGAAUGGCAAGAACAGCAGUGUAUUCUUUACAUAAGUCCUCAACUAGAGAACAUAUUCAAAAGAAAGCUGCUGAAUGGAAAAUCAAGAUAGAAAUUAUUGCAGAGCUUCGAUAUGAUCUACCAGCAUUAUACAACUUUCAUAAAAAGAAAUCUGUGGACAUCGAAGUGGACCUAAUUCGCUUUUCUUUUUAAAAGCUUCUGAGGACAAAAAGCAGCUUAAAAUCUAACUAAGGAAUAAAAACCAACACUGCUUACUAAAUAAACUACUUGUCUCUAGCA